ACUAUUGUUCUAACCGUGAAGGCAACAGAAGUGUACUAAUGCACUAAUGGUGCAAUCUAUAGAGUAGGGAGAGUAAAUAAAGUACUGUGCAUUCUUUGUCAUGGUGCAUUUUUUGCGCGGCGCACUAUCAAAACGUGUAUUGAUUAUUACGUCGGGUUGAUAGGUUUUAGAGAGAGUUGGGGGUUUAGGACACGUGAUCUCGAACGAAAUUACGAAAUACAUUUUUACAAGCUGGUUUAUUCCAAAAACCGCGUAAUGAUGCCGGGACGGACAUCAUGUUUGCCUGAUAAUCCGUUGAGCCUGUCAUGGCACGACAGUGCUUGGAUCCCCAUGUUGAACCCAUCCAACAUUUUGGACUACUUCUCAGAACGGACAAACCCAUUCUUUGACCGUACAUGUAACAAUGAAGUGGUGAAGAUGCAGCGACUGAACCCAGACCAGUUGAAGAACAUGACUGGCAUAGAGUACGACCUCCUGCACGUCCAGGAGCCAAUCCUGUACGUGAUACGCAAGCAGAACCGCUACUCCCCCACCCAGGUCACCCCGCUGGCAGACUACUACAUCAUCGCUGGGAUAGUGUAUCAGGCGCCGGACUUGCUAUCCGUUAUCAACUCCCGGCUGAUCUCCACGGUGCACCACCUGCAGUCGGCGUUCGAUGAGGCCAGCUCGUACUCGAGGUACCACCCGUCCAAGGGGUACUCGUGGGACCUGAAAGAGCGCAAGGUGCCGGAGAAGGUGGUGGCCAAGAAGGAGCAGCAGCGGGAGGAGCCCAGCUCAUCUUUCCAGCGCUACCGCGUCGACAUGCUGCUGGCGGAGCUGACUCGCAAGUUCCCCAUCCCCACGGUGCCUCAGGCAAAGGCCAGCAGCGAAGUGGAGGUAAAAACAGAGCCCCGUGCGGAAAUCAAGACUGAGAAACCGGAUACACCUCGUAACAUGAAACCUCCCCCUGAAAAGAAACCUAGGCUCAGCUAACCGAAGAGAUAUCUGUAUUUUGUAGCUAAACCAUGGUUAUUUGUACUUUGCGUAUCUUUGUGCUUAUAUGCUCAUUAGGCCUGUGCAAAUAUUCAAAUCAUCAAAUACGAAUAAUAAUUUUUUGUGUUCGAUUCAACCUUGAAAUAACAAAUAUGUUUUCUUACGAAUAUUGAGGCACACCCUCAUGAGUUUGUCGUAUACCAACAUUCUCUGCUGAAGUUAGGUCAUUUGUGUGAUUUAAAUACAGUUUAAAUACAGUUUUUUGAUGUGUUAAUUGGACUUUAUAAUCAAAAUCAUAAACAAUAAGCGAUGUUUUAAACAUGCAACAAGUACUCUAAAAGUUUUUUUUUUCUAUCUCUCUCUCUCUCUCUCACUCACUCACACACACGCACAUGCACGCGUGCGUACAUAAAACUUGCGUGAACAUUUCAAAACACUGCAUUAUUGUCAUUUCAACCUUGAAAAUAAUCUAUUAUUUGUAUUCUUUUUGUGACCUGCACCAGAAGUGGGAGAAAAAAUAAACGUUAACAACCUGGACUACAAUACCACAAAACACAGACACUCCAUUGAGAUGGGCAUUCUAAGACGUAAACAUAGAUUCAACUGUAUAAAUCUAUAGUCACAAUCAAUUUAACACCAUGUGACACAGUAGCAGCUUACUUGCUGUAUAUCGAUGAUGAAAUAGACUUUGCGACUAAAAAAUAUAUUUAAAAAACAUUAAUAUUGAAGAUUUCAGAAUAAAUUAGCAGAAAUUGUUUAUAAUAUUGUUGAACAAAAAUACAUUUACCUGGCUGCCUUUAACAACGAAAACUCAUAAAUAACUAAUGCUUAAAUAUAUAAUAUUAUAAUGAUCUCUUUUAAUCACUAAUUUGAGAAUAAAUUGUUUUAGAAAAAAAAUAUUUACAUUUUUUGCGAAAUAGGUAGAAUACAAUGGAUUUCAUGGUAUUUUGUGUUUCGCAAAAAAUUUCUGGAUCAACAUGUAGAGUAGCAGGUUGUGGAAAAUAAGUAAAAUUGGAACCAAAUGAAAGGUUGGUUGGUUUGUUUGAGUUAGGUUAGCUGUAUAAUUAACAAUUAUUUAUUUUAUAAUUUAAUUAUAUAAACAAUUUCCAUGUAAUUUUUGUAGCUGAUUUAUCCUAACCUACCUUUCAUAUUAGUGUUGUUAUUCUAAUUUUCCAGAAGUUGUUACACAAUGUGAAUAAAUUUUUUAGUGGGAUUUUGAUUCUCAUUCUUACUAUUAAAUUUGAUAUUCAUAUUCGUGAAUAAUUUGGUAUUUGUAUGCGCUUCAAACUAAAAUAAAAACUUGUAUUCGCACAGGUCUAAUGUUCAUGCAUUUUAGUACAUGUGUGUGUGAACAUAAAUGCAUCUUACUCUGUCAUAAUUUUUCUCUAUUUUUACCUUAAAAUGAAACUGAUAGUUAUGUAUAAUUUUUUUUAUUUGUUAUAAAUGUAAAUAAACUGAUUAAAUUUAGAAUUUUAUUAAAUAAAUUUGAUUUUUUCAUUAA